AUGUCCAUUUUCACUUCUUCUCUGUUGACUAUUGUUGCUCUCAGAACAGUUCUGUUGACGUCGUCCGUUAUAUCAGAUACCCUAUCCCCUCGUUCUACAAAAGGCAAUUUUGGCUACUAUCCGCCAGCGGAGCCAGAUUACCCGCCGAUGACGGCAUAUCCGCCAUCUGCGAAGUUACCAGUAAGCAGUAAAAUGUGGUUUGAAAAUGAGGAUUUAAGAAUGCCAACGAAUUCAGGAAACGGUAGGAUCUACGGCGACCAAUUACUGGUCCGGGUUAGUUCAGUGCCACAUCCAGAUAACUUCAAAAGGAAUGAUGGAGGUGAAUUAGGAACUAUCAGCAAUCCAGCUCAUUAUUACUUACAUGGAGCAGACUUCGAAAAGAUCAAAGCACCGACAUGUCGACUAACCUCAUGCCAUGGACCAUACCCAAACGAUGGCAGUUUAUUGAUUAACAAGGAAAAAGGUACUUCGAAUGAAGAAUGUGAACAAAUCUUUGUUCAGAUGAAUGGCUGUGUGGCUCAUAAAGGUUAUCCGAUCGGUAUGGUGUGCACCAUCUGUUGCCAGUGUACCAAGCAAUUUAUGAAUGAAAUGAGUCAUUCUCGAGGUUUUUUACAAACUGAUUGGUUAACUAGGGAGAGAUUUACAUUUAUUUAA